AUGGCCUACCCGUCUGAGAACCCGGUCCUCGCGGCAAAUCUUCAAUUUAUCCUCCAUCGCAAUCGCGGGUCCGAAAUGGCUGUUGAAUCCCUGCGUAUGGCAUUGUUGGGGAUUGCUGCGGUACACCAGUCUUUCCUCUUGUCGCGCCAGGGAGUAUGUAACGGGGAGGGCGGUGCCGACGACUGCAUGCAGCUGGCCUACAGCUUCCGAACAAAAGCCAAACAUUCGCUCUAUGCGGCCUGUAACACCGUGGAUGGUGCAAGGGACGACGCCACACUUGCCGCUGCGACUGGCAUUAUUCUCAUUGACAUCUUCUCUGGUGGGCAGGGUUGGGGCAAAACAUUGACACUAGCGAAAACAUUGGUGAACAUGCGCGGUGGCCCGGCGGUCCUGCUAGCUCGCAGUCUACAGUCUAAGCACAACACUGUGACGGGAGUCUCGCGUGCGCGACUACUACUGGAAACUGUGGCAGUAUAUGAACUUUUUGGAUGCUUGUCAACGGGACAAGAGCCAACACUUCUGUCUCCUCAUACUAGUAGUUGGUGGCUAGACCACGCGAAUGCUGAAGAUGUGACCUCGCAUGUCGAAAAGGUGUUCGGAAUGUCGCGUCAACUUGUUCCGCUCCUGGCACGGAUCACGUCAUUUGUCUCUCAGGCGUUGAGGAACCGGUCAAAAGUUCGUGAAUACUCUCCUGACGAGUCUGCCGUCGAGUCGGAGGACGUGGAGCGUGCCCGGAUGUUGUACAGUCUCCUCGAGAACUGGACGCGUGCUCCAACGGAUGUCGUCCCGUCAAGAGUGAGAAUGGGCGACAACAUCUAUACCAACCUCGCACAGGUCAUCUUAUUACGCGAUGUGCUCGGCCUGGCUCCUGACGACCCGCUCGUUCAGCAACACGCGAACACGAUCUUGAACGGCUGUGCGGACUGCGGGCAAAGCACCAUGGGCGUCGACCUGAACUGGCCCUUGAUCAUCGCUGGAUGUCAGAUGUUCGGUGCUGACCGCCCUCGUGUUUUGAACAUCUUCGAUCAGUUCAGAUGCUGUUACGAGGUCGAGACGUCCGAGCACAUUGUCCUACAAGUCUGGAAGCGGCUAGAUGAGGAGCUCCCAGGGGCCGACUGGCGGUCCGUCAUGCAUGACCUUAAACUUGAUGUUCUCAUUCUUUAA